CCUAAAAUGUAACCGUACAUGUCACGAUCUCUUCAGUGUUAAAUCCGAAUAAUUAGAUAUAUGUAAAAUUAAAUCAAGUGUUAAGAUAUACAUAAAGCAUGCAAGACAAGAAAAGAAAAAAAAGCAAUGCAAGCAGAAAACGACUGUUUCUUUGAAACGAGAAGAAAUAAAACGAAAAAUCGCGGCUGUAUAAGCAAAGAGACAGAAAAUCAUAAAUGACGUAAAUCUUCCCUCGCAGCAAAAACGGAUUCGACAGAAUGGCGAUAGAAGAUACGCAUUAUGAUUUGAAAGAGAGCAUUCGGCAGAAGAUUGGAGAUAUGAACAAAUUGCGCGGAGAGAAAGAAAUGGCGCAGAUACGUGAAGAUCUCGCUAAUAUCGUCGAAGCCGGUAUACAUUGUGUCAGUCCGUCGGCAAUUAUACCUAAGAAGAUCAAGUACGACGGUCGGAAAAACUUGAGAAUAGACAAAAUCAAGUACAACAUAAAGAACAACUUACAUGUCGUCGGUUGGGGCAAAGAAACUGCCGCGAUGAGCUCGGCGCUCGAAGCGGUGGUCGGCAAACAUCUGAAAGGGGGAUUUAUCGUGGUGCCACGCGAAUCAAUUUCCGCGAUACGAAAUUUUCCCGACGAGUUCCCGCGAUCGUUGGACGACAGCCGUGCAACUUUCGUGGAAGCCGGAACUGACGGACAGCCGGACGAGGAGACGGUCGAGAUUAAUCGGAAAAUCGCGAAUUACUGCAAGCGGUUGAAGAAACGCGACUUGCUGAUAGUCAUGCUGUCGCCGGAUCUGAACGAUCUCCUGUGCUGCCCGCGCGACACGAUUACACUGCGAGACAAGUUGAGACUUCUCAACAGGUUGAAGAACGCUAACGCGAGUCCCGAAGAAAUCAAUAUCGUCAGAAACAAACUUUCCGCGAUAAGGGGCGGUGAUCUGGCGCGUCUGGCUUAUCCGGCCAAAGUCGUCACCCUCUUCGUGUCCGACGUGUCAGCAGAACCGUCGGAACAAUUGGGCGGCGGUCCCUGCGUCCACGACCCAAAGGACCAAAGGGCGCUGGCUAUUGUGACGAAGUACAAACUCCUUGACAAAGUGUCGCAGAGCGUACGCGAAGUACUGUGGGAAACGAAACCCCGAAAAACAGCGGCGGACGCUCGAGUGGACCAGCAAACGGGAUACAAAUUCGUCCAGCGAUUUGUGAUGGCGAGCAACGCCGACGCUAUGGAGUGUAUGGCGACGGAAGUCCUUAGAUUGGGACUGACUCCCUUAAAAUUGAAUUCUACCUGCAGCGGCAGCAUCGACAAAUUGGCGCAGGAAUACGCGAGACUCGCAUCGCUGAUAAUCCUGACGUUAGAGAACAAAAUCACCAGAUCCGAGAUGUACGAACAGAUGAAGGAAAGUCCGGUGUGUCCUUCGAACGAGCAAAAGGUGUGGGAGAUGAUACCCACGAAAGACACGUGGAGUCUCGGACUGUGUCUUCUGUUGGGCGGUCGACCGACCGUUCAGAUCUGCGAACAUCCCGGCAAGAACGGGCCCAAUCAGGAGCUCGCUCUCCGUUUCUCUUUGUAUUGGUCCAUGCGUACGAAGGAACAUUCAAUUUUGCGCGGAUACACCGUCUGGUUCGUGGGCGGCAGCUCCCGCGGAAGAGACGGCAAUACCAGAGCAGCUGGCGCAUUCGGAUACAGGAACCUCGUCACCGACGUUCACUCGGAAUACGAAAAAGCGAGCGAUACGUAUGACGCUGCCUAUCGAAAAUGGAAGGAGCUCGCUCUUCGAGGCAAACAGAGCGAAUCGGAGAUCACGAAAGCUCGUCGAGCAACAAAAGACGCGGCGGAACUGCGAGAGAGACACGCCGCUGUUCUGCCGGAGCGAAUCCUGAAAGAGAACAACGCGAAUCUGUUCUUCUCGAGUAUCAAUAACGGCGACGAAUUGCUGCGGCUGAAAUGCGAAAAUUGUUACGCGCACGUGGACGUCGGUGAUCUCCACGUUAUACGAAUCGCGCGCCACCGAUGCUACUGCAGCUGUCACGAAGAUAAGAUAGACCCGAUAGAGACAGGUCCUGUCAAGCGCGCGUUAUCAGUGACGAUAGUCCCGGUGUUACAAUGUUGUUGUCGGGAUGCAGCAUCGAAAACCCGUUGAUUAUUUACGAUGUUCUGUUGUUGCGCUCCGAAUUUUGCGAUGGAUUUUACUUCGUUCGCUCAAAAUUCAUACGCGCAAAUCAACUCCUCGCUUUAACACACAGCCAACUCAUUUCCUCCCGCUCAUCAUUCCCCUGUUUGCCGCCACAUUAAUUAUUACUCGUUUAUUCGUCGUGUAUUCGCGUAUUAAAAUCAUAUAACACACAUAUAAUUAAACAUAAAACACACAAAUUUAACAAAAGUGUGACGCGAUAAAUUGUUUGGCUACGAGUGAUUGAAAUUAUGCGCGCAUAAAUUCCGAUGAACGUGCGUCUAAAUCUCGACGCGCUAUUUCCCGAUGCGCGGAGAUAUACAUUUUUCUCCGCGACAAUAAUAAAUCGCACGCGUUCCGAAAGUGGAUCCACAAAAAUACACACACACAUCUUGUGUCUCUGUUUAAAAAUGCCAGAAUUUACGACGAUAUACAUAUUUGUACGCGUCUCGCGUCAGGAUUUUGCACUGCGUUUCUUUUUUAAAACUUUCUAUUUGCUAAAAGAAACUCGCAGCAAAAUAAAUCGCAAAAUAAAAUUUAUCGCUGGAAUUCGUACAGUGCAAACUCUCUCUUCGUGCGAGUUUAUCAUCCCGUAUCUUUCUGAUUUGCACUUUUUUUUUUUUAUCACUUUCGUAUGAGUGAGCGUUCGCGCUAUUGAUAACUUAUUGGUUCUCCGAGUGACCUUUCGCGCACUAUAUAACGCGCGUCAUUCGUAAUUGCACACCGAUGUUAUUUCGCGAAGAAUUGCGCAGAUCUUUUUAACGUAAACGUUAUCUAUAGAAUGAUAAAAAAAAAACUAUAAGUCAGACACACAAGAGCUGUGCUAUACUUCGUGGCAAAUCAAACUUUGUCGCCACACGGACAAAAACCUGAGCGCGCCGUCGCGCGAUCGAGCGAGGAUGAAAACGAAACGAAAGUCCCAGGAAGCUCAUUUUGCCCUUCCUUGACAUAAUAGAGAUCUUCUAGCUCGGCAUGUCCCGUGGGUUCAGUACCAAUUCCGUUCAACAAAGCCCUGGGAAUGGACUCGCCCGCUUCUCGACGACAUAUCCGUAUCUAUAUAGUAGUAUGGCGCGAUCUUCUGCGAGAGAGCGGUUCUUUCUUACUGCUUCUUCGUGACCAGGUCCAAAAAAACAUCCCUCGGGAGUAUCACUUACAGAAUGCGUGCGCGAACUACUCCCGUAUUAAACAUUGCCCGAGUUAAGCCGAUCGAGCUUGUUUGCCGUUGGGAAAAUUGUAAGCGCGAGCAACGCCGAAAGCAAUUCCAACAUUAGCCGGGGAUACAAGAGUAAAACAAAAAAAUUCUCGGCUUGAAAAGAUACAAUUUUCCAAAUAUCGUUUCAAGAGAUUGUUUACUGACGCCACAUACGCUUACUUUGUGAGCAACACACGCCUUGUUUUAUCGCCUCAAGUGUGUACAUACAUAUAUAAAAAAAAAAAAAUCCGAACAUAAAACCUUAUGUUUAUGAGCGCGAGGCAACAGAUCUAAGCGAAACAUGCAAACAUUUUUGUAUUUUUAUAGCCUUAUCUCCAUCCCUGACCUCGCGUUUAAGAUUAUGCGUGGAAUAUCAUAUAAAUUUAGUUCGACAGCGAGAGAUUGUGAUAGUUUGUUGAAUCUCUUUCGCUACGUUGUAUCGCAGCAUGAAGCGUCUCGCGCUAUUUUGCAUUUUCCUGCUUUUCGUGCAGUACUCGCUCCAGGUUCCUCAAUACGAAAAUUGUCUCAGUGAAGUGCUUCCCGCAGCAGAUCGGCAAAGAUGUGUGAAGGUAACUUGCACAUCUGGCAAUAAGUACAAAAUAGAAGAAUGUAACUGUAAUAAGAAUGCGGGGCAACAUCUUGGAGAACGUCACUCCGAAUAUCCUGUUUGCUGUUCUCCAUGUAAUAAACAAAAUAGUAACAAAAGAAUAUAGUUUUAAUCUUUCUCUAUACGUAUGUUACAUAUAAAACAUAAUAUCUCUAUACUUGUACAAGUUUUUACGUUAUAAAUAAAUAUAAAAAUACGUAUGGUGAUCGCAAAUCUA